AUGUCGCUGCAGCGGUACGCUUUUUGCGUAGUAUUACUCAUCAGAGCAUUGCUUGGCUGCAGAGCUUCGCAGUUUUUUACUGUUGAUGAAGAAUUGAAUACCGUCCGAGAUCUGGAAAACAGAAUACUGGAUUUAGUCGACUCGACGAUACGGUAUUAUUUAAGACCAGACGUUGGUAAUGAUAAUGUGGACUUAAAUUUAAUGCUUGGGGUAUCCAUAAUGAAAGGUCAAUUUAUGUCGUGUACUGAAAAUUCUCGAAUAAAUUAUAAUAUUCGUUUUUACAAGAUGUAUAAAUUGAAUACAAUGAUUAGAAAUCUGUACGUGAAAUUUUAUAAAAACAAUUUAAUGGAUUCAAUGAGAACAAUUCUCGAUCAUAAACUCUGGAUUUCUCCAAAAACAUUUAAACACAAAUCAAAUAUUACAUUGCCCUCCAAAAUAUGGUUCGAUGAGGAUAUUUUAGCAAACGGUGAUGCAUAUUUUCGCAAUAUUUCGGAUAAAUGCAUUGGCCAAGUGAUUUCUUCAUGCAGUGUAACGUAUGAAUGCUUUCAACUAGAAUUUCAAAAACAAUUUCUCGGUUACUCGCUUACACACCAAGUGUUGUACAUUCAUCUUUUAAAGAGAAUGAAAUGUAACAAACUGAAACAUCGAAAUUUAUUAAAAAAAAUAAUACAGCAUAAAUGCAGUACAAUUUUUGAAGAAGCUCAAAAUAUGGCCAAAGAUUUUGAAAUGCUGGACAGAUACAAAGAUUUAUUCAUUGAACAAAUUGCAGUUUGUGGAAUGCAAAACAUGGUGGAUUUCUUUCAGCCGGAAUGGUUUUCAAUUAUUGUGUCUUCAAUAAAACACAAUAAGUGUAUUCAACACAAAAAUAACAAAUCGUCUUGUGAUUCACACUUGACAGGAGUAUCAUUGGCAGCUUUGGGAGUGUACUUUAAGUUUCUAUGUUACAAAGUCAACAAAUAUGGAGCAUAUUGA